AUGUUAGACGUUAACCAAUUUAUUGUUGAAAAGGGUGGUAACCCAGAUUUAAUCAAGAAAUCUCAAAAAGCUAGAUAUGCUAGUGUUGAAUUAGUCGAUGAAAUCAUUGCUGACUAUAAAGAUUGGGUCAAGACUAGAUUCGAAUUAGAUGAAAUCAACAAAUCCUUAAAUAAAUUACAAAAGGAAAUUGGUUUAAAAUUCAAAGCCAAGGAAGAUGCUAAACCAUUAUUAGCUGAAAAAGAUAAAUUAACUGCCGAAAAGAAGAUUUUGACUGAAAAAGAACAAAAGGAAGACAAAGAUUUGAAGAAUAAGGUCAACUUGGUUGGUAACAUUGUUCACCCAUCUGUCGUUGUCUCAAACGAUGAAGAAAAUAAUGAAUUGGUUCGUACUUGGAAACCAAAGGAUUUACCAGAAGUUGGCCCUGUUGCUUCUUGUACUGGUAAGCCAGCUCAAUUGUCUCACCAUGAAAUUUUAUUAAGAUUAGACGGUUAUGAUCCAGAACGUGGUGUUAAAAUUUCUGGUCACAGAGGUUUCUUCUUCAGAAACUAUGGUGUUUUCUUAAACCAAGCUUUAAUUAAUUAUGGUUUAUCCUUCUUAGCUAAGAAGGGUUACAUCCCAUUACAAGCUCCUGUUAUGAUGAACAAGGAAGUUAUGGCCCAAACAGCCCAAUUAUCACAAUUCGAUGAAGAAUUAUAUAAAGUCAUUGAUGGUGAAGAUGAAAAAUAUUUAAUUGCUACAUCCGAACAACCAAUUUCUGCUUAUCACAGCGGUGAAUGGUUCGAAAAGCCACAAGAACAAUUACCAAUUAAAUAUGUUGGUUACUCCUCUUGUUUCCGUAGAGAAGCUGGUUCUCAUGGUAAGGAUGCCUGGGGUGUUUUCAGAGUUCAUGCUUUUGAAAAGAUCGAACAAUUCGUUUUAACUGAACCAGAAAAGUCUUGGGAAGCUUUUGACAUGAUGAUUGCCAACUCCGAAGAAUUUUACCAAACCUUAGGGUUACCAUACCGUAUUGUUGGCAUCGUCUCUGGUGAAUUAAAUAAUGCCGCUGCUAAAAAGUAUGAUUUAGAAGCUUGGUUCCCAUACCAAAAGGAAUACAAAGAAUUAGUUUCUUGUUCUAACUGUACUGAUUACCAAUCCAGAAACUUGGAAAUUAGAUGUGGUAUUAAGAAGAUGGGUGACAGAGAAAAGAAAUACGUCCACUGUCUAAACUCUACUUUAGCUGCAACUGAAAGAGCCUUAUGUUGUGUCUUGGAAAAUUAUCAAACUGAAGACGGUUUAAUUGUUCCAGAAGUCUUAAGAAAGUAUAUUCCAGGUGAACCAGAAUUCUUACCUUACGUUAAGGAAUUACCAAAGAAUUCUACUUCUAACAAGAAGAAAUAA